ACCCCGCUCCUGAUGCUGAGCUGCUUCCUGCCGUGCACUACCACCCCGCUGAACCCGGACACUGACCCGCCCCGGGGCCCCCCACACCACCAGUUGGAGGCUUACCAGGCUACAGGGACUAGCCCAGGCCGAGUGCUGGCGGAUGCCGUACGGGCACGUUUGCGGGGUGACGGCGGGGAGGGAUUGGACGCCACCGCCGCCGUGCCGUCAGGCCGUGCUACUGCUGACGGGGUCCCCCUGGGCCGGCGGGAGGAGGAGCGGGCACCUGGCGGCGGCGCUUGCACCCGGGUUGCACCGCGGGGGGAUGCUGAGUCGGAACGUGUACGGCACGCGCUGGAGGAGCUGGGGUACGGGGACGCGGAGACGCCGUCGUCAUCGCCGCUGACGCCGCCGCGUCAGGGUCAGAGCGAUAGGUCGCACGGGGCAGACUACGAUUGA